UCAGUGCUUAGCAGUGCUGCACAAACUUGACACGGUGUUCACUAGGAGGCUUUUGGGAAACAACAAUAGCCCUGCGGGCGAGAGUGCACUGACUAACUUUUGCUUCUGCAGCUUCCUCACUGUGGCGAAUCUGCCGUUGAGGCACGAUGGCUAGACUCUCAGGGAAGCGUGUGGAAUCGGCUAUGGGAAGAACGACGCAGGGUUUCCUCGGCAGCCACCGUCAUGGCGGCGGCCGCUCCUAAUGCAGGGGAUUCCGUGCCUGAGGCGGCGAGCUCUGUCGAAGCCCCGCUGCAGUACAGCCUUCUUCUGCAGUAUCUGGUGGGCGAUAAGCGUCAGCCUCGGCUCCUGGAGCCUGGAAGCCUGGGCGGGAUCCCGAGUCCAGCCAAAAGUGAGGAGCAGAAGAUGAUCGAGAGAGCAAUGGAGAGCUGCGCCUUCAAGGCAGUGUUGGCCUGCGUGGGAGGAUUUGUCUUGGGAGGCGCAUUUGGGGUGUUUACUGCUGGCAUUGAUACCAAUAUAGGCUUUGACCCUAAGGAUCCUUACCGUACACCAACUGCAAAAGAAGUUCUGAAGGACAUGGGACAGAGAGGAAUGUCCUACGCCAAAAAUUUUGCCAUUGUGGGCGCCAUGUUUUCGUGUACUGAGUGUUUGGUAGAAUCUUACCGGGGAAAGUCAGACUGGAAGAACAGUGUCAUUAGUGGCUGCAUCACUGGAGGAGCCAUUGGUUUCAGAGCUGGCGUAAAGGCUGGAGCCAUAGGUUGUGGUGGCUUUGCUGCUUUCUCGGCUGCAAUUGAUUAUUACCUACGAUGAAAGAAAUGGCCUGAAGGGAAGGAGGAUGCCAGCGCUGUCCUCUGGAGGAGUUUCCACACACUUGGCAUCGCUUUAGGGGCUGAAGCCGAUUGUUUCCCUGCGUACAGUUGGUGUGAGGGAGUUGCCUGGCUACUCUCUGCCUCCAGCCAAUUAAGCAGCCAACUUUUCCACUUCUGAACUCCAACCAGGCUUUUUAGGGGCGAUGCCAUGCCAGAUUGUCUUCUUAGAGCAGAUCAGAAGGCAGUGUGUUGACCGCUAAGAAUUAAGUUCCUCCCAGACGCAAUCCAGAGCUCACUCAGCUCUCCAGCUGUGGGCAUGGUGGUGGCGGCAUCAGGUUCGCCCUCAGCCAGGAAGCUCUUCUGACUUGGAACUAUGUGUAAGCAUCCACUUCGCAUACCAGGGCAGGGCAGGGUAAACUUAUGCCAAAAAUGUCA